AUGAGACAGCCUCGGGAGUUUACCUGUUUUUCAUAUGACGAGCAGAGGGCGCUUCGUCAUGACGAUUCGUCGUUGGGGUAUUUGUAUCUGUUGAAAGAGGAUCUGGCGACGCAGAACGGGUAUAACCUUUCUGAAGGGUAUGAUCGGUUUAUUCAGCGCGAUGCCGGAGUUGACGAGCACCUGGACGGUCUGCUGGUUGCUCUGACCAAGUACGAAAAAGAGCACGGCGGGCGGAAGACGGCGGGAGAUAUAGUGACCUGGAGAGGCAUGUUGACGAAGCUGAUGUGCUUACCAUUCGAGAAGGAUGGCGACUCGACGUUUGAGAUGAAUAUCACAUAUUUCGACGUAAGCUGCAAAUGUGGUGUAGUGCUGAAGAGCAAGGAGUACAAGAGCAGUCAUGAUGAGCCUGAAGACGAUCGAAGACAGCUGAUGUCUUAUUGGGGCUACAAAUUCGAACAGAUCGCCACGAUCCCAAAGCCAUGGGGCGAAUGCACCAGAGAUGAGAUCGAAAAGCGAACUCACAAGCCAGUCAACAACAACGUCCAAUACUGCUCGAUCAUCAAAUCAGGCCUGGGCAGCGUGCGCAUGAUCGUCGGAGGAGAAGUCGACUGCGCGAAAGAUUACAAGCCCGACGAGCAGCGCGAUAACCCGGACAAUGACGCGGAGCUCUUUGAUAAUCCGCUAGAUCACUACGUCGAGCUCAAGACCAACCAGGUGAUCAACCACGACACCGGGGCGCGGAAUUUCGAGAAAAAAUUACUGCGAGUGUGGGCGCAGUCGUUCCUGCUCGGCGUGCCAAAGGCGAUCGUCGGGUUCCGGACUAGAGAAGGGUAUCUCCAAACAUUCGAAGAGUUUGAGGUGCAAAAGAUCCCGGCCAUGAUCAAAAAGAGCAAGUUUUAUCAUCCGCGCAACUCGUGGGACGGCAACGAGGCUAUCGCGUUCCUGGCGGCGUGUCUGCAGUGGAUCAAGACCUCGAUUCCGGCAGAGGAAAAUGGAGAGGUCUGGAAGUUGCGGUAUAUUGCACGGUCGGAUUAUCUGCUGCUCAUGAAAGCUCCCGGCCAGGCUAGUUUUCUGCAUCCUGAUUUUGUAGAGUGGAGAAAGGAGCGCAGGGAAAGUAAAUGA